AGUGGACUCACGCAGGCGCAGGAGACUACACUUCCCGGGAACUCCCGGCCUCGUUGUUCGCUGGUACCGCCUUCUGACUUCCGGUAUUGCUGCGCUCUGUAGGGCCAAUCGGGAGCCUGGAAUUGCUUUCUUGGAGCUCUAAUUGGUGCAUUCGACUAGGCUGCCUGGGUUCAAAAUUUCAACGAUACUGAAUGAGUCCCGCGGCGGGUUGGCUGGCGCUUCGUUGUCAGAACUGAGGAGAGGCUAGGUGAGCCGUGGGAAGAAAAGAGGGAGCAGCUGGGGCGCGGGUCUCCCUCCUCCCGGAGUUUGGAAUGGCUGAAGUUCACCUUCCGGCUCCUAGCGCAGUUCGCGCGGGUAGGCCUGGCUUCUGAGGCGGUUGCGGUGCUCGGUCGCCGCCUAGGCGGGGCAGGGUGCGAGCGGGGGCUUCGGGCCACCCUUCUCUUGGCGACAGGAUUUUGCUCUGAAGUCCGUCCGGGAAACUGGGGGGAAAAGGAGUUGCGGGAGGCUAUCGUCUAAUAAAGGUUCUUGAUACAUAUUUGCCAGACUUCAAGAUUUAAGAAAAGGGGUGAAAGAGAAGAUUGCAACUUUCAGUCAGGCCUGUAGGCCUGAUAGACUGAUUAAACCACAGAAGGUGACCUGCUGAGAAAAGUGGUACAAAUACUGGGAAAAACCUGCUCUUCUGCACUAAGUGGGAGACAAUGUCACAAGUUAAAAGCUCUUAUUCCUAUGAUGCCCCCUCGGACUUCAUCAAUUUUUCAUCCUUGGAUGAUGAAGGCGAUACUCAAAACGUAGAUUCAUGGUUUGAGGAGAAGGCCAAUUUGGAGAAUAAGUUACUGGGGAAGAAUGGAACUGGAGGGCUUUUUCAGGGCAAAACUCCUUUGAGAAAGGCUAAUCUUCAGCAAGCUAUUGUCACACCUUUGAAACCAGUUGACAACACUUACUACAAAGAGGCAGAAAAAGAAAAUCUUGUGGAACAAUCCAUUCUGUCAAACGCUUGUUCUUCCCUGGAAGUUGAGGCAGCCAUAUCAAGAAAAACUCCUGCCCAGCCUCAGAGAAGAUCUCUUAGGCUUUCUGCUCAGAAGGAUUUGGAACAGAAAGAAAAGCAUCAUGUAAAAAUGAAAGCCAAGAGAUGUGCCACUCCUGUAAUCAUCGAUGAAAUUCUACCCUCUAAGAAAAUGAAAGUUUCUAACAACAAAAAGAAGCCAGAGGAAGAAGGCAGUGCUCAAGAUACUUCUGAAAAGAAUGAAUCUUCCCCAGAGAAAGCCAAGGGUAGACAUACUGUGCCUUGUAUGCCACCCAUAAAGCAGAAGGUUCUAAAAAGUACUGAGGAGCAAGAGCUGGAGAAGAGUAUGAAAAUGCAGCAAGAGGUGGUGGAAAUGCGGAAAAAGAAUGAAGAAUUCAAGAAACUUGCUCUGGCUGGCAUAGGGCAACCUGUGAAGAAAUCAGUGAGCCAGGUCACCAAAUCAGUUGACUUCCACUUCCGCACAGAUGAGCGAAUCAAACAACAUCCUAAGAACCAGGAGGAGUAUAAGGAAGUGAACUUUACAUCUGAACUACGAAAGCAUCCUUCAUCUCCUGCCCGAGUGACUAAGGGAUGUACCAUUGUUAAGCCUUUCAACCUGUCCCAAGGAAAGAAAAGAACAUAUGAUGAAACAGUUUCUACAUAUGUGCCCCUUGCACAGCAGGUUGAAGACUUCCAUAAACGAACCCCUAACAGAUAUCAUUUGAGGAGCAAGAAGGAUGAUAUUAACCUGUUACCCUCCAAAUCUUCUGUGACCAAGAUUUGCAGAGACCCACAGACUCCUGUACUGCAAACCAGACACCGUGCACGGCCUGUGACCUGCAAAAGUGCAGCAGAGCUGGAGGCUGAGGAGUUCGAGAAACUGCAACAAUACAAAUUCAAAGCACGUGAACUUGAUCCCAGAAUACUUGAAGGUGGGCCCAUCUUGCCCAAGAAACCACCUGUGAAACCACCCACUGAGCCUAUUGGCUUUGAUUUGGAAAUUGAGAAAAGAAUCCAGGAGCGAGAAUCAAAGAAGAAAUCAGAGGAUGAACACUUUGAAUUUCAUUCCAGACCUUGCCCUACUAAGAUUUUGGAAGAUGUUGUGGGUGUUCCUGAAAAGAGGGUACUUCCAAUCACUGUCCCCAAGUCACCAGCCUUUGCAUUGAAGAACAGAAUUCGAAUGCCCACCAAAGAAGAUGAGGAAGAGGACGAACCAGUCUUGAUAAAAGCUCAACCUGUGCCACAUUAUGGGGUGCCUUUUAAGCCCCAAAUCCCAGAGGCAAGAACUGUGGAAAUAUGCCCUUUCUCCUUUGAUUCUCGAGACAAAGAGCGUCAGUUACAGAAGGAGAAGAAAAUAAAAGAACUGCAGAAAGGGGAGGUGCCCAAGUUCAAGGCACUUCCCUUGCCUCAUUUUGACACCAUUAAUCUGCCAGAGAAGAAGGUAAAGAAUGUGACCCAGAUUGAACCGUUCUGCUUGGAGACUGACAGAAGAGGUGCUCUGAAGGCACAAACUUGGAAGCACCAGCUGGAAGAAGAACUGAGACAGCAGAAAGAAGCAACUUGCUUCAAGGCUCGUCCAAACACCGUCAUCUCUCAGGAGCCCUUUGUUCCCAAAAAAGAGAAGAAAUCAGUUGCUGAGGGCCUUUCUGGUUCUCUAGUUCAGGAACCUUUUCAGCUGGCUACUGAGAAGAGAGCCAAGGAGCGGCAGGAGCUGGAGAAGAGAAUGGCUGAGGUAGAAGCCCAGAAAGCCCAGCAGUUGGAGGAGGCCAGACAACAGGAGGAAGAGCAGAAAAAGGAGGAGCUGGCCAGGCUACGGAGAGAACUGGUGCAUAAGGCAAAUCCAAUACGCAAGUACCAGGGUCUGGAGAUAAAGUCAAGUGACCAGCCUCUGACUGUGCCUGUAUCUCCCAAAUUCUCCACUCGAUUCCACUGCUGAACUCAGCUGUGAGCUGCGGACACCGCCUGACAAUGGGACCUGCUCUUAAUAUCAAACCUGAGACCAUCUUGCUUUGUUACUGGGCAUGGAGAGAACCCAUUUCUCCAGACUUUUAGCUACCCAUGCCUGAGAAAGCAUACUUGACAACUGUGGACUCCAGUUUUGUUGAGAAUUGUUUUCUUUUUCAUUACUAAGGCUAAUGAGACAUAACGCAUGUAUGUCUCGAUUAGACUCCAUGUAGUUACUUCCUGUAAACUAUCAGCUGGCCCUUUAUAUGGGUCUUCACUCUGAUUAGAAUUUAGUCUCUGUGUCAGCACAGUGUAAUCUCUAUUGCUAUUGUCCCUUACCAUUCUCUCCCUCCCCCCACUUUUUUUUUUUUUUUUAAUUUUAACCAGAAAAUAAAGAUAGUUAAAUCCUAAGAUAGGGAUUAAGUCAUGGUUUAGAUGAGGAACAAUCAAUACAUCAGAUUCUGUCCUCUUCCCUGCAUACAGUGAAUUUAUAGUUAAGGAUCCCUUUGCUGUGAGGGUAGAAAACCUCACCAGCUGCACUAGUGAGGAAGAAGACUGCAUGGACUCAUGGGGAGCCUCACAGCAGCCAUGCAACAGGCUCUGGGUGGGGCUGCCGUUAAGGCAUGUUCUCUCCUUAUUGGUGCUGAUAAGAACAGGGAACCAGUACAGUGUGCAUUUUAAGACCUAGCCUGGAAUAAAUGUUUUGUCUUCCCUCC